AUGUCCUCUUCACCAACAAAACAAUAUUUCUAUGCAUCAAGGUCAUCGUCCAGGUCAGGUUCUAGACCUGUAUCUCCACCUACACCAGCUGAAGUACGCUCUCAAGCAGUUGCCAAGCUCAAAAGAGCAGCUUCCUUACCUCGUCGCCCGGAUGGCAGAAGACCUUCUCUCGCACAGGCCAUCGAGUCAGAUGUUCCAUCAACCCAUCCUGACGAAGUCGGCAUGUCGAACAAGCCACCACCACCACAGUCUGCUGAACCUUCUUCGCUCAGCGUAUCUCCAAGCCCGUCAGACACUCAGGAAAUCCUUUCCCCUUCACCUGUAGCAACGUCGUUCGAUCACUCAAACGUGUACUCUUCAGCAACGCCGAUGCAAAUGCAGCGUUCCGCUUCUCCAGCUUCGUCUUACCAUAUGACGUCUUCUAUGCCACUCAAUUCCCCUUAUCAACCCAAUACCCCACCGGUAGGUGACUGGGGGCCCAUGCAACUUGCUCAGUCUUAUUUACCUUCUCUGACACCAACGGGUCUGUCACCCAAUCCUUACCCCCAUUCCGUCCCGAUCGGUGUUGGAGCGGGCAGAAAUACCCCCAGUCCCUUGCCUACUCUUGGUGAGCUCGCUACCCUCCAGCGAUCCAACUCCAAUGCUGCAAGAGCUAAAGCAAUGUCUAAGCUUACUGGUGGAAGGGAUACUCCAGCCGAGGAUGAGUUUACGUUAUCAACACCUACACGCGUCAACUUGACUAGAGCGGGUACAUUGGGUGGACCUAGGAUGUUGGAUCUAGCCGCAAAUAGGCCUCCAGCUGCUGAAGCUCCUGUUUAUUUGGCCUCUCCUUCUCUGGCGCUGACACAAGCAAGACCAAGGCUCCAAAGAAGCUUCACUGUUUCUUCCUCUAACAUGGGAGAGGAAAGAAGGAGUGCUGUAGGCAGGAGAAUGGUGGAACGAUUAGCAGAGAGGAGAGCAGCAAGGCAGAAAGAAGAGGAAGAAGUCAGGAGAUUAUGGCAAGAAAGAAGAGUCGGUCUCGAGACUGAGGAAGUGAGAUCUGAGGACAAUGAUGCUGCGCAGGAAGACGCGGAAGGAUCAUAUGAGGCAAAAUUCGACGAAGAACAUCAGAUUCAAUCCGAUGAACAUCAGCAGGACUUUGCAUAUGUCAACGAUUUGGGCGUUCAUCACAGCGCUCAACCUCAAGGAAUGUUUGACGAGAUCCCUUCAUUCAAACGACAUUCACCUCAAGAACCACAUCAAUCUGCGUUUCCACCUGGACCUCAAGCCGAUUUACUCAAUCUCAGUACGGCAGAUCGACCGAUAUCAAGAGGGACAUUGGCAUCUUCCCAGGAACCCUUCGAAUAUGAAUCACAUCUUAGGCGAAGUCUGUCAAGUCGCACAGCUAGAGGUGGUACGGGUGGAGAAGACCCACUACCUGUGAUCACUACAACCGAACAGGACGGUCAUGCUUCGGGCCUUCAAUCUCAUCCAGUCAUUCAUAUUGAUGAUGAACCCUUACUUCCUCCGCAGCCUCAUUAUGCCACACCGCCCCGUGGUCACAUGCCCCAUAGCUCAACGUCGACUCAAAGUACCAUCCGAAGUCCUCAUUCUCCUGGCGGAUCCACUCUAAGUGGUUUGGAUUCAAUGAUGUUCAUCAUGGGUGGUUCAGCUGGCUUGAGACCGCGAACGAACGCUCACCCAUGGCCACAAGAAAUUCUUGAUGGCAGUGAAUGGGGUACGCCUGCUAAAGACAUGCAUCAAGCAACGUUCAACGAUUCUCCCAUUAUUCGCAGCCCCUCCGGAUCUGAUCACGCUCUAUCCUCUGCUGAUGGGAUUCCGUCAGAUCACGAGGUCGAUCAUACAUCGCCAUCCCGAUCUACAAUUCGCACCGACAGUGUGAUGUCUUGGGAAGAAGUGGGAGGAAAAGACGAUCAAGAAAUACGGGUUCCAUCGGAUAACAUCUAUAACCAGAAGACAGGUAGCUUCUCUGCUAAACUCAAAGGUAGCGUGAGAUCUGCUAUGAAAAAGAGGAACAAAAGCAGGACGUCAAUCAGUAGUUUCACUCAGAGCCCACCAGGUAGUCCCAUGCUUCAUCAACCAGGUAGCUUCAUUCGAAGAGGUUCCGAAUCAUCUGCUUCUCAUUCUUUCUCUCAAGAGCAUGUACCCAGACACCAACCUUCUGUCAGCUCUUUGGCCGCUUCAUCAGUCGAUCAGUCCGAUACUCAGGCGACAUCAAUAUUCCAACAUCAACUUUCAAAUGAUCCAUCACAAGUCUCAUUUCUUCCAAGAGCCAAUCUAAAUGAUCCUCGGAUCAUGAGUCCGAAGCUAUCGCCUUUCCCUGGUAUUGCUCAGCUUGAACGUAAGCAUGUAGAUGGAAACCUGACUGUGGGAGAAGCACCGAAACUCCUUCACCAAAAGUCUGAUUCUGCUGUUCCUAUACAACGCGCAGCACCACAGGAAUCGAUCUACAGUCUACCUCUUCCCACUCAUCCCGAUGAUAGAAGAGCCUCGGCCGACAGUGCCACUAAGCGAAACUGGUUAUCCAAAGCAUUUGGCCAUCCAACUUCCCCUCGAUCCUCAGGUAGUGUCUCACGCAAGAGCUCCAUACUCGACGUUGCUGGAGAGUCCCGUACGUUGGGCCAAGGUGCUCGGAUAAUAUCCUCAGACGUAGAUCCUUUUGCACCAUCUUCGCCUCCUCAGACAUUAGCAGUCAAGCCUGCUCGACACAGAUCUGCUUCUCCAACCGUGUCUGUCGUCCCAGAAGUCAGUGAAGAAGGGUCCAGAUUCACAAGGUUUCUUUCUAUGAAAGGACAAAAUGGACCCCUGGCUGUCUCCAAAGAAGAAGAGGAAGGAUUGACGAAGAAGUCUAAAGACGUCUUACUUCGUAUGGACGCCGUUUUGGCUCUAGGUCCUGAUGAUCCCGAUAGACCAGACAUCCUGGAUGAUCCACCAAGGAAAUUGUUGUUGUCGACACAGAUCUUACAGGUCGUCAAUGCGCACACCGUGAAGGAUCGGUAUCUCUUCCUCUUCAACGACAUCUUAGUCAUCGCUAAACCCAUGAUAACACGCGGCAUUCAUGCCACCCUUGACAUGAAGUAUAUCGUAAAAUCCAUUGUAAACCUCGAUAAGCUUGCAGUCUCUGGUCUUACUGAGGAACCAACUAAAGAACCUCCUCGUCACCCUGUGGUUACCAAAUUCAUCGAUCAAUUCGCGCAGGAUCCGGUUUCCGCUUGUUCCUAUCUGGUAGAGAGAAGUAACCCAAAAGUCGAUACUGCUACUCUCGCUUCCUUGAUUUUCAAGACACCGGAAUUGGAUCGGGCUCAAAUCGGUCACCUUCUGGCGGACAAUGACAGACUCAUGCGACAUUUCAUCGGUCGAUUCAACUUUUUACAUGUAAGGAUUGACGAAGCUUUACGAAUGUUCUUACUAUCAAUUCGAUUACCUACCGAAUCAAUAGCAUGCGAAGCUUUGUUACGAGGAUUCGCUUAUCGAUAUUUCGAAGCGAACCACAGCCACAUCUCCUAUGACCGUGAAUUAGCUUCCGAAUUGGUUUUAGCGAUCAUGCAAUUCAACGAUGCGUUGUAUGGUACUUUUGGCUUCGCUUUACCAAACCACUCUAUAAACAUAGACACGUUCAUAUCAGCAUUCAAAUCCAAGGAUCCAAAACAAUUAGUGCCAACCGAGCUUUUAAGUGAUAUUUUCGAUUCAAUUUCAACCUCUCAACUUGUCCAGGCAUUAAAGUCGGAUGAAAACCAAUUAGAAAAACCAGUUUCGAUCACUCCUAGAAUCCCAUCUAAACUUACCUAUAAUGUCUGGUCUGAAGAGAUACUUGUAUCGAUACCAUCACCUGAUCCUUCCUUCAAAGUCAAACUUCAUGGGCAGGGCUUGGAAUUUGAUCCCCCUGUAUUAGAUUUCGCACAUACACCAGAACAGAGCUUCCGAGUCAGGGGAACAAGCCUGGGCAUACAUCCACUGUUAUUCAACAGAAUUGGAAUCAAUGCCGCAUCAUAUGGUAACCUAGGGAAUACAAGGCUAUUCACGGUUGAGAGAGCUUUCAUGAAGCAUACUUUUCAUGUCUCUUUCACCUCUCAUACUGGUCUGAGAAGGAAGUAUUGUUUCAGUGUACCAGAUGUUGACACCAGAAGAGUAUGGGGUAAAAUGCUGUCACGUCAAAUCACCUCGACUCAACAGUCAAAAUAUGUCUCGGCUACAACAUUGCAACAAAAGAUCCGGCUAACUGCUGAAAACGUUUCUAUACAAGUGCUUAGAGACGCCUUGAUUCCACUUGAAGACAAAUCUCUUUCAUCUGUUACCGCCGAAGGUAUUCCUGGAACAAUGCGUGGUCGAGUAGGAUCAAGCCAGAGAGGUUCGAACGACAAAGGACGUUCUGGCAGUGUUAGUAUAUCAUAUACCAACGCAUUGAAAGAAGAAUCCGAUUUGGGACCCCUGCUACCGACUAAAUCCAACCAUCAUUUACUGGACCGACAAUCUGGCUUGUUAGACAUCCAGUCUGGGAAAGAAUUGGUUUUACUUUGCAGACAGAAUAGUUUAUUGCCACGUUUACUAGAAUUACUUCACUCUGGGAAAGAUGAUGCAGAACAAUCGGAGCCGCAUAAUAGUAAAGCAACGCAAGGAUAUGGUGAAGCUAUAGGAGGAACCGAAAAGAGGAAUAAGGGUAUACGAGUUUAA